AUGUUUGCUGCUGACGCGAAUGCUUUGGAGCUUUUGCAUCAACAACUGGUCGAGGUGGAUGGACAGCUGGGCAUGCCGGGGCACGAGACCAAUUUGGGGGAGCUGCUGCUGACGGCGGCCGAGAAGAAAGGGGAGGGCGUGUGCCUGGAGGUGGACACAGCCUGCUAUACUUUUGCCCAGAUGGCGAGGAUGGCCACAGCCAUCCGCAGGGUCCUUCGGAAGGCCCUGCAGUCCCUUGAGCUGCCGACGGAGCCAGGCUCACCCGAAGCUCACCGACGACGUGCCGACGAGCAUGUGGUCACAAUAGUCCUGGAUCGCGGUGUGAAGGGCAUCGCCGCUGUGCAUGCCGUGAUGCUGGAGCGCUGUGCCUACAGCGCCUUCGACGUCGCGGAGCCCAUCGAGAAGCUCAGGACCUGGGUGGAGGUGGCGAGGCCGCCCGUGAUGAUCUCCAGCUCCGGCGUCCUGAAGCGCUUGGGCCUGACGGACAUCGCGGCCUCCUUGGGCGAGUUUCCGCGUGUGGUGCUUGACGUGGACCUGGCCCUUAGGAAGGCAGAGGAAGCAACGGUGCCGACAAAGGCGAGGCACAGCCCCGACGACCUCGACCGGCUGGCCUACCUCAUCUUUACCAGUGGCUCCACAGGUAAGCCCAAGGCCGUGAUGAUCCGCCACAAGUCGGCCCUGAACGUGGCACGCAUCUGGGGAAACUACGUCGGCCUCUCCUCUCAGGACCGCUUCGCACAGGUGGCCUCCAUGUCUUGGGACGUGCACAUCAUCGAGGUCUACGGCACGAUGGCGGCCAUGGCGACCAGCGUCACCUGCCCGGACCUGGUGAAGAAAUCUGGGCCAGACAUGGUCUCGUGGUUGAAGGAGCGGCAGAUCUCUGGCAUGAGCGUAGUGCCCUCGCACCUGCGCACCAUGUCGGCCGCUGGGGAGGUGUCCACGCGCGCGCUGCCGCACUUGAAGAUUUUGGACGUCGGGGGCGAGGCCUUAGGCGCAGACGUCGUGGAUGCCUGGGCGCCUGGACGCAGGUUGGUGAACAGCUACGGCCCCUCGGAGAUUUCAGUGGUGUGCACGGGCGCCUACGUCACCCCUGGGGAGCCUAUCACCAUUGGAGGACCGUUGCCAACAUACAGCUGCUACAUCCUGGAUCCCGAGACUUUGGAGGAGAAGGCCCAGGGCGAGCAGGGUGUGCUCUUCGUGGGUGGCGUGGGUCUGGCGCGCGGGUACUUGGAAGAGGAGGAGAAGACACGGUCCAAGUUUCUUGAGCACCCGCGAUUGGGCCGCGUGUACGAUACCGGGGAUUUGGCCUCCGUGGACAAGCUCGGGCGCAUCAACUACCAUGGCCGUGUGGACUGGCAGGUGAAGGUGCGAGGUGUGCGGAUCGAGCUGGAGGCGUUGGAGCAGGCCAUUGCUGAGCUGGCGGGAGUUCAGCACUGCGAGGCCCGCGUCUCUGAGGACAAUCAGCGGCUGGUGCUGCUGGUCUCCGGCAGCUCCAGCGAGGCCGAGUUGAAGCAGAAGGCGCUGUCACUGGGCCGGGGCUACAUGCUCAGCCAGGUCAAAAUGGUUGACAGCGGCGACUGGAAGUUCAACGCCUCGGGAAAGCUCUUGCGGAACGCGGUGCCUUUGGAGGAGGUCGUGCGGGAGGUGAAGCAGGACGGAUGGGAGGCCUUUGACAAGAGCGAGUGCUCUGAGCUGGAGCUGGAGAUCGCGCAGUGCCUGGCGCCGCAGGUGACGGAAGCUUGGAGUCGCAAGGACCACUUCAUGGAGGACCUGGGUGUGGACUCGGGCGGCUUUGGCCGGCUCAUCACCCAGAUGCGCGCACGACCCAGGCUGCACAAGGUGGACCUCCAGAUGCUCUUUGAGCACCCCACGGUGCAGGCGCUUGCGCAGCAUCUGUCCGAGGAGUCCGCGGACUCGGACGACGAGGUGACCGCAGACUCUGCGGGCGAGACCUUCGUGGAUGUCUUCUUGGCUUCAGUGGCGAUGAAUCCCCACAGCCUGUGCCGUGAGUCGCAGUGCGAAGCUUUGAGCUACCUGCAGAUGCGGAGGUUGGCCUGCGCCUAUCAGCGGCUGUUGCGUCGCGCCAAGCCACGCCGUCCUGCCCCCGUUGCCAUCCUUUUGCAAGGACACCAGCAGAUGGCUGCGAUGAUUGCGGCAUGCAUGGAGGGUUUCGCCUUUUGCUUGCUUGACAACACUGAAGACUCGGCGGAGCAGCUGCAGCAGCUUGAACCUUGUGCCAUCAUGGCAGAGGCGCAGACGUUGGCGGAGCUGGCCUGGAAGGCCCAAACCAGCGCUGCGUUGGUGGACGUGAGCGGCGCUUCUGCGCUCCUCACCCAACCGCCGCUGGCGAACCUUGGUGCCAAGGCGGAGGACGCCGCGUGCGUGGCCUUGGCGCCUGGCACCCAGCCGCUGGUGCUGUCCCACUCGCAGCUGGCGGCGCUGGUGGAGGUGUGGCGCCCGCAUUUGAUGCCUUCGAAGCGCGUGCGCCUCAGCGCCGGUCUGGGCACUUGCGCCCGGACGGUGGCAGCCGUGGCCACGAUGAGCUGUGGGGCCACGCUGGUGGAGGAUCGCCCGCAGCUGGUGAUCUCCGAGGUGUCUGGGCGAACGCCCAAAGCGCAGACCUUGGUGGUGGCGGGCCAGACGUGGUUCACUGCGGUGCCGGAGGCUCCUGCUCGCUUGAACAGCGCUACCUGGUCCCAGAACAGUCGCCUCAGCGGGCUGCUGGCUUCCGCGAGCAGGCUGUCGCUGGCCACCGAGCUGGGGCCCUACAUGCUGGGCCGCGGCAAGAACAAGAGCUACGGACCCCACAGCUGGCCGAAGCUGUGCGCGAUGGUGCAGGGCCUGGCGAUCUUGGCCCAGCCGGUGAUGAUUGCAGCACGGCUACUCCUCGCUGAACGGAUUUUGCUGCCCAUGAUCUUUGUGGCGCCCAUGUGGCUCAUAGCCAUCGUGCUGCUUGCCUUGCUGACCUUCGAGCAAUUUCUCCGUGUGUUCAUCCUGGUGGCCACAAAGUGGAUUCUUAUUGGGCGCUACCGCGAAGGAUAUCAUGACAUUUACAGCUUGUACUAUCUCCGGCAUUGGCUGGUGGAGCACGUGGCCAAGGGCACGCUGGUGGGGCAGGCGGCGCAUCAGGGGAGCAGCAUCUCCUUCCUCUUUUUGCGCAACCUCGCCUUGAAGGCCCUGGGAGCGAAGAUCCACUCCACGGCGGUGAUCACUGCGAGGUGCGUGGCCUAUGACCUGAUCUCCGUGGACGCGCUUGCCACGGUGCACGGGCCGAGGCACCUGACGGCCGUCAACUACGGGGAGCGCCGCAUGGCGCUGCGACCGGUGAAGGUGGGAGCGGGCGCCUACGUGGGCCCCAACUGCACCCUGGAGCCGGGCUGCGAGGUGGCUCCCGCGGGCUACGUGGAGCCGCUGUCCACGGUGAGCAGCCGCAUGGUGGUGCAGAGCCGGGUGUCGGGCGUGCCGGCAAAGGCGGUGGGUCCCUUGGACCAGAGCCGCCUGGUGAAGCCGGAGGAGGUGCGGAGCUUCCGGCGCUGGGCGGCGGCGCUGGCCACGGGGUACUGGGUCCUCCUCAUCCCCAAGGCUGCGAUGCCCGUGCUGGCCGCCGUGGGCUUUCAACUGAUCACUUCCUUCUACAAGAACGAGCCCCAGGUGCGGAGUGAGAUGGUGGCAGAUGAUCAUGUGGACGCCUUGCCGUUGAUGUACCUGGACCAGCUGAAGUGGAUCCCGGUCCUGGCCUUCGCCGUUUCAACGCUGCAAACGGUGAUGCAGCUCCUGGUGACAGCCGCCUUUUGCCGGCUGCUGCCGAAAGUGCAGCCUCCCUUCCAGCGCUCCCUGGUGAGCAUUCGCGCACAGAUCGCUGCGCUGAAGAUGUCUAUGGUGCUGCAGGCUUCGGAGAUGUUGGCCGACGCCUCCAUCGUGCCAUGGUUCAUCCGGAUGUGCGGGGCAUCCUUUGGGCACGGCUGCGCCAUGGGCUUGCAGGUGACCUUGCCAGAGACGCUGGAGGUGGGCCACGGGUGCUUCUUCGCCACGGGCAAUAUCCUCACCAGUGUGGACGUGGACCAGGGUCAGUUCAAAGUGCCUUGCAAGACGGUCAUGAGCGACCACACCUUCCUGGGCAAUCACAACCACCUGCCGCAGGGCCUUCCGGAGGGCAGCUUUUGCGGUGUAGGCACCUGGCUGCCGAAUCGGCCCACAGAGCCCAACAUGAGCUACUUCGGGAAUCCCGCAAUGAAGUUCCGCCGCCUCGGCAACCAAUCCGCAGGCACCCGCCAGGGCCCAGAGCGUGCGAGUUGCUUGGCGCGGAUGUGGCACCAUUUCAGCACCAGCGUCAUGGACGUGUUCCUCUAUCGCGGCGUGCAGGGCAUGGUCACGGGUCUGGCGCUGCUCAGCAGCCGCCGCUUCUGCCCGGUGAUCACGCAGGUUUGGGAGCCUUUUGCUUUGCUCUUGAUCUACAUGGCCUAUGCCUUGGGUUCCUGGUAUCUCUUCUCAGUGGUGUUGAGCAACCUGCUCUUCAACAAUAGCGCUCCACACAGCAACGCGUACUACUCCACCACCGUCACACGCUGGUUUACUGCACUCACUGCGCAGCAGCGGGUCUUCAAGCUGCCAUUUCAGACGGCGGGUAGCCGGUGGCAAGCCCCCAUCCUGCGCCUGCUUGGCGCGCGCGUGGGGAAGCGCUUCUUCUGCAUGAACGAGAUGGUCCUGGUGGACGCGCCCUUUACGGAGGUGGGGGACGACGUGACCGUGGACUACGACGGCCAGGUUCGAUGCCACUCCUUUGAGGAUUUCCGGCUCAAGUUCACGACCUUCAAGAUCGGCCACGGGGUGACCAUCAUGACAGGUGCAAGUGUUGCCAUGUGCGAUGCCGGAGACGGAGCGACACUUCGUCCGGGCAGCCUGACUUGGAAAGGAAGCAACCUGGAGCCGGGCGGCGUCUACGAGGGCGCCCCGGCGGCUCUGGACCUGGAGCGCGGUCCAACGCUCUUGAGGAAAGCACCGAUGGAGGGGAAAUGA